AUGGAAUCGAUCGCUGUCCAUGGGAGAGCUGGUAUCAAAAGUUCCCAAAACAUCCAUGCUGCCAUCUCUAGACUGAUUAGAGGUCUCAGAGCUUUGAACAUUUUACCUCAAAGUAAUCUGCCUGUUUUUCUUACCAAGCGUACGAUAGACAGAAAGAGACUUUCUGCAUUUCUCUACAACAUCUCACUAUAUUUGCAAAGUAAUGACCUCCAAGAUCCAGCAGAUGAAACCAUCGUGUUGAAUGUUCUUGACCCUGGAGAGCUGGAGGUUGACCCCCCUCCCAGGGCCAUGCUGGAAUUGAAGGACCUCUUCGUGUCACUGAGGGCCAGCAGGGACUUGGACAGUCUCAUUGAGUUCCUGCAAAUUAUCUUAGAUUUUUUCACAGAACAUCAGCUUUUCACUUGGCUUUUCCAAAAGCAAAACUGGGAGAGCCUUGUUGGUCUGAUUGAGACAGUUUUCCAAACAUUACUAAGUGGAACGUAUGAACAAGCCAGGGCUGACAUUCAGGAUCUAGUAUGUUCAUUAAUGGGGCAGGGUGACUGUGCUUUUGAAAUGGAUUGGUUUGAAAGUCUAGGCAAGUUACUCGACCUGACUAAUUGGAAACCAAUGGUCAACCUCCAGUCCUACGGUCCACCGCAUAGGACUGAAAGAUUCCAACCGUGGAACGGAUCUCCAGAGACUGGGAACAGUGGGAAUCCUCACCCACAAAGCUUAAAUUCAGCAAAGAGUGUCAACAGCAUGCACAGUCUGCUUCAGAUUCUUUCAAAGCCCAGUGGCAGGAGGAGUGUGUCAGAGGGGCUACGUUCAGCCAAUCAAUCCCAUUCAAUGUGGAGUGAGGAAGUCCUGUGGGAUGGCCUGAAAGAACUCAAACAGAAUAUUUUACAAAAAGUCGGGGCAUCGGUCUACACGAACUUUAAAAGGCAAGUGUCACGAAUGAAAGGCUCUCUGGCAAAGGAAGUCGCGUCUGUUAUUGGAAUUCCUCAAGCAGACCACGAUGGAAAAUGUUCUGUUGGGGAUGUAAGACAGCUUCUUUUAUGGGGUAUCAAGAACAACAUCUCCUGGAACACUGCAGUCUUGGGAUUCAGCUCACAAGGACUUUUGGCUGAAACACCUUUCCUAGACUGUAGCCGACUGAGUGACAAAGUCCGGGACAUGCGAAGACAUUCCCAUACAGCGUCCAGGCGAUCUGGGGAGACUGUUAAAGGUGACCAUGAUUUUCCCUACACUGGAACUCUGGAGGCUGUUUGUAACGACUCAAUGCCCAGACUCCCAGGGAUAUCCAACUUCACUGUCUAUCUCUACUGUAGCCUCUUCAACCAGACCACAGCUGUGAGCCAGGCCCCACCAGACCUCCAAGCUGCCUGCUCAGAUGCUGCCUGGUAUUUCUCUGCAGUUCAAGAGGACCUUUACUGGGUUCAGGUCUGUCGGCAGUUUUACACCUCAGAGUUCAACUCCACCGUCUGCAGCAAUGUCUCCCUGUUGAGCCGGCAAGGCUUCAACCAGCUCUGUGCCAAGCUGCAGGGCGGGUCAAGGAAACAUGGCACCUUAGCCAGGGAUUGCGGCAGGUUGUCAACCAGAGCGAGUGUAAGCUCGGAGGAGAUCCAGGCCUGUCUGCUGGCCAAUGGGGCAGAUUCUAUCCACAAGCUUUGUUCAAAUGAAACUUUCCUGACGAGUGCGACUAGAGACAAAAGGCUGAUCAGAAAUUUAUGCAGGCAGCGAAACAGACUGAAAAUGGAAGUGAUCUCAUUAAUUGUGGGUGAUCAGAAUGGCACUGAUUUGGUCAACCACUUCUGCUCCCAAAUGACCAUCUUGAAGAAUUUCAGUGUGGCUGAGUCUUGGAAUAACCCUGUCUGUUUGUGGCUAAUUACUAACUCAGAAGAAGUAAACAUUGUCAAUAGCAAAUGUGACCAAAUGUUGCAGAAUUCCAGUAUGGAAAAGGAUGAGGUUCAGGAGUGUAUCCUUCGUCAGGGUGUUGAAUGUAUCAAGGAGGUCUGCUUCAACGGGACGUUCUUGAAGGACCUGUCUGGAGCUGGUGCAUGGGGCAGCCUUCUCUGUGCACACAUCAUCAGUGGCUUAGAGGGGCUGCAACUUUCGGCCAGCAGCUGUCACCGAGGGUCUGGGGCUUCAAAUGCCACCAUCAGCGAUUUGCAGGAAUGCAUCUUGGCAAGGGGCGCAGCUCACAUCCACGAUAUCUGUGCCAAUGGGACAGCUUUCAAAGUUGAUGAGCGGACUGUGUCCUGGUUAAUUUGUUUAUGCGGCCUUCUCAAUGAGUUGAGGGACGUGCUGAAUUCUUUACCUGUUGAAGGCCGUCCAUUAAAAUGUGAUUACAAGACAUGGUCGGACAAGAUGUUUAUCGAUGGCAGCCUUCUAGCGAGCUGUAAAGAACAGGACAAUGAAGGCUUAAAGGAAAUCAUUUGCCAGAAUGCCACUCUUUAUGACAUCAUAUCAACGCUCCACCCUUGGGUCAUAAAUUACUGUAUGGCCUCCAAAGAGCCACAAGAUGAGGAGUGUUUGGUAGGCCAUUUACUCGACAACUUUCCAGUACCUUUGAACCUCAACACAACUCAACUGUGUCAAAAUCCAACUGCUUUCCUGACUGACCACCUCAAUCAUUUCACCCAGUGUGAUGACCAAGCCUUCAGCUGGAUUUCCAACGCCAACUAUAUUCUUCGAGUCUUCAAUUACAUCCUGGAUGUCUCCAGCCUCGAUCACAGCGAGGAAGAAGUCCAAAGGGUUUUGAGUGAGGCCAUCCUUCUCUCCAGCUUAUUGGACAAUGCUUCUUUCUGGGAAGCCUUCAAUCCCAAUGCUUCUGUCAGUAUUUUACAGACCAUUGACAGCUACUUAAGGGAAGAGACAGACAGAGCCCUUAAAAAUGAUCUUCUCAACUGUUUCAGCCCAGUUCUCUGGGACAUGUUACAGAAUGAGGAGGACUCACCAGCCCUGAGAGAUCUUUUACAGGAAUACCUGCUGAUGCCCCGGGAGAAUUUGCAGAAGAUUCUAAUGUCAGCUGAGAGCGACAGUGUCAAGAAACUGCUCUCUCAUAUGCACAAGACGUGGCAACAGCUCCAGGUUUCUCAGAGCAAUCGACCUGCCCUGGAGACAUUCACUGCUGCCUUUCUGCAGAAGAUUCCCCAAGUAACCCCGGACCUCUUUGGGGACCUAUCACAGUUCAUUCCUUUCAUGAGUGUGUCGGACAUUCGGGGUUUCCCUGAGUCACUCCUUCUGAGCAACAGCGUUUUGGCGACCCUCCGGAAGUGCAGCUCGGACAUGACUGACCAACAGAAGAGGGCGUUUGCCAGGAGGCUGCUCAACAGCACCCGCUUCGGGGAGGUCAGCUCCUGGAGUCCGGGCUUCCUGAACUCUGUGCAGCAUCUGCUGCCCUUCUUACCCAUUGGGCACUUUCAGCAGCUGACCCCCGAGCAGCUCCUUUCAAUGCCUGAUGGGUUUGGAAGCAGCAGCUUGGAUCCAGCUCGGGGAAGGUAUGCAAUCCGCACCCUCCUAAACUCCAGUCAGGAUCUCACUGCAGCGGAUGUCAGAAGACUGGGAAAGCUGAUUUGUUUUGCGAGCGAAGAGAAUCUCCAGCUACUGCUGGCUUCCCCGUCUCACUCGGACCAUGUCUUUUCGGCUCUUUUGGGGUGUGUUUCCGACCGGACAAUUGACAUGGAUGGACAGGUUGCAUUUCUUUUGGCAACUCACCUGCGGAGACAGAGCAUGAGCACCUUGACCCACUGGAAUUUGGAGAGACUUGGCAGCCUCCUGCCCGUGCUUGGGGUCAACUUCCUGAGCAUGCUGCCAGCUCAUCAACAGGCAGUCGUCAUCUCUAGCAUCAGGUCUGUGCCAUUCUCCAGUGCCCAGGUUCAUCAACUUGUGACUGAGAUUAUCCAGGACCUUAAUGUGACUGAGGAUAUAAUUUGCCACUAUGCUCAUUUUCUGCCUGGCUUCAGUCCCUCGGUCCUGAGAAAUAUUCCAGCUUCAGUUGUAGCCAAUGCAUGUCCAUGCUUCACCCCAUUCCUGUCUCAGCUAAGUGCAACUCAGAAAGCUGUCGUACUGGAAGCAGUCCGGACUGUGAACAGGCUUGAUGGGAUCCAGCUGGCCCAGUUUGGCUGCCUGGUUCCGUUUGUCCCAUUGAAAGACCUGGUGUUCGAUUCUGAAUCUUACCUGAGAAACCGCAGCCUCUUUAGGAACUGGGCGUGGUCACCGCAGCAGGCCCAGUUUAUUUUCAAGCAGAUUCAAGCAGCUUCAAACAUAACCGAGUAUUCCAUUCAAUCUUUGGGAAACGUGGCCGGGGGUGCAGACUGUGCAAUUCUCAGAGAGCAAAUGGCAAAUUCAGAGUUUCUGGAGUUGGUCCGUUUUCUCAGCGAGCUGCCUGGUGGAAUCAGACAAUCUCUGCGAAAAUGCAUUGUCAAGGAGCUAGGCCUCAGGCCGGGAAUAUCCUGGAGCAAUAUCCUCCUCAUGGGUCCGGAGAUGUUAGUCAAUUUACCCAUGAAAUUCUUCACCAGUUUUCUGAAUGACUCCAUGCGAACCAUCCUGGAUCAUGUGACAAGACAUACCACCCACCUGCUAACCCUGCCGCCACAAAAACGCAGCUUCCUGGCAGGCAAGGCCCUGCAGCUUCUGGGAAUUGGGCCGAAUGAUGAAAUUUCAGGAGACGCUCUGGACAGCAUGGGCCCCCUCGUCACAUUUAUUGAUGAAACAUUGAUCAAACAAAUCAACCCCCGAGAGCUGGUGCUGCGCCUGGAUGAGGUCAAAAGUUACUGUGUCCCUGAGGAAAAUAAGAAUGCAUUUGGUUGGAUGUUGACCAGGAGUGAAGUGCUGGGGACUGCAUCUGGCUGGACUGUGCAGCAGCUGGAGGCCGUGGAUAGACUUGUCUUCAUCCUUUCGCCUGAUGAUAUUCACAAACUACCAAAGGACCUGCCGACAGCGGAGGUGGUGGAGCUGGUUCUCCGCAGUGAGGGCCGAUGGGGAGCGAGUGACAUUGGCAGGGUCUGCCAGGAGCAACAGAGAGAGUCUGCGCACACAACACUCCUCAGCAAGAGGCUCAGCUUAGUGACCACAGCCAUAAAGAGCAUCACAAAGAGGCGAAAAGAGGGCAUCCCAAUCUGCAUCGACAUCAGAGCCACGUUUCCCAUGGCUUGGAGUAGCAGCCAGCUCGCUGGUAUGGCUGACAAUGAAUUUGCCGACUGUUUGGAAAUUCUCGCCAAUGACCAGGAUCUGUCAGCAGAGCAUCUGAAAGUCCUGCUCACAAGGACCAAGCAGUUGUAUGGCUCUGCAAGACUAAUGAAACCAUGGCAGGUCCUGCAGAUGGGCCGUGCAGUAACCCAGCUCAGUGAGCGAGAUUUUCAGAACUUCGAUCUCUCAGACUUGACGGUUCUGACCUUCCUGGGGGAGGUGGGUGAAUGGAGUAAAAAACAGAGGAGGGCAGGAUUUAGCAGCUUCCUCCGAUGGAGCAGGGAGCCUGUAUCGGAGCUGAAGGCCACGACCCUCACUGCCCUGGGACAUUUGAUCUGUGGGAUGUCAGUCACAGAGAUGGAGAAGAUCAAUCCAGAGGAAUUCAGUAAGGCUGUCUUAUUCCUCGGGAGUUUGAAGCUCAGAUGCUCUGAAGCUCAGCUGGAGGCAAUGGCCAGGCUCAUCACACAGCCCCAGGCCUUUGGGCUGGUCAGCAACUGGGGUGCUGAAAUCUUCACUGAAAUUGGGUCCAUUGCAGCUGGACUACCUGAUGUCACAUUGUCAUCGCUGGUGGAGCAACAGAUUGAAGGGCUCACGCCUUCAGCCAUCUCCCUCAUCGUCCCGAGCAAAUUUGCAGUUGUAUUCAACGCCGAUCAGCUGUCAUCUCUCAGCAGUGCCCAGGCCUUCGCUGUAACCAGCAAACAGUAUGAGAAGCUGAGCCCAGAGCAGAGGCGAGCUGUCAGCACUGCACAGUACGAUGGAGAGAUCCACCAGGAGCAGAGAGGCAAGAAUGAUGCAGUCCUGUCAGCCUCAGUGAAGCUAGCUGCCCUGUUCUUGUGUCUAUCUAUUACUUGUCAUCUUGGAGGGAAUUAGACCUGCUGUCUCACAAGUUGGAUUGGCACUGGUUUUGAA